AUGCAGCCGGGGUACCGGGAGUUGAAGCGCAGUCCGAUGCAGGACGCGAACCUCUGCUCGCGCCUGUUCCUUUGGUGGCUAAACCCCUUGUUUAAAAUUGGUCACAAGCAGAGAUUAGAAGAAGAUGACAUGUACUCAGUGCUUCCGGAAGAUGGCUCCAGGCACCUUGGGGAAGAGCUGCAAGGGUACUGGGACCAAGAAGUUCUGAGAGCCCAGAAAGACGCACGGGAGCCUUCUUUAACGAAAGCAAUCAUAAAGUGUUACUGGAAAUCCUACUUAGUUUGGGGAAUGUUUAUGUUUCUUGAGGAAGGCACAGGAGUACUUCUGCCCAUAUUUUUGGGGAAAAUUAUUAAUUAUUUUGAAAACUCUGAUCCCACCGAUUCUGCUGCUUUAUACAAAACCUACACCUAUGCCACAGUGCUGAGUGCCUGCAUGCUCAUUUGGGCCAUUCUGCACCACUUUUACUUCUGUCACAUUCAGCGUGUGGGGAUGAGGUUAAGAAUAGCCAUGUGCCAUAUGAUUUACCACAAGGCACUUCGCCUGAGCAAUGUGGCCAUGGGCAAGACUACCACAGGCCAGAUAGUCAACCUACUGUCCAACGAUGUGAACAAGUUGGAUCAGGUAACGAUGUUCUUGCACUUUCUGUGGGUGGGGCCACUGCAGGCUAUCGCAGUGACCACCUUGCUCUGGAUGGAAAUAGGAAUAUCAUGUCUUGCCGGGAUGGCGGUUCUAGUUUUUAUUCUGCUUUUGCAAAGCUGCAUCGGGAAGUUGUUUUCAUCACUCUGGAGGAAGACUGAAGCUUUCACAGACGACAGGAUCAGGACUAUGAGCGAAGUUAUAACUGGCAUCAGAACGAUAAAAAUGUAUGCUUGGGAAAAGUCAUUUGUAGAUUUUAUUACCAGGUUGAGAAAGAAGGAAAUUUCCACGAUUCUGAGAAGUUCCUUCCUUAGAGGAGUGAGUUUGGCAUCAUUUUUCGCUGUAAGCAAAGUCAUGGUUUUUGUCACCUUCAUCACCAAUGUGCUCCUGGACAACGUGAUCACAGCCAGCCAAGUGUUUGUGGUGGUGACGCUGUACGAGGCUGUGCGGUUGACGGGCACCCUUUACUUCCCCAUGGCCAUCGAGAAGGUGUCAGAGGCAAUCAUCAGCAUCCGAAGAAUCAAGAACUUUCUGUUACUUGAUGAGAUAUCACAGUGCAACCCUCAGCUCCCAUCAGAUGGUAAAAUGAUUGUGCACAUGCAAGAUUUUACUGCUUUUUGGAAACAGGCAUCAGAAACCCCAACUCUACAAAGCCUUUCCUUUGCUGUCAGACCUGGGGAACUGUUAGCUGUGGUCGGGCCUGUGGGGGCAGGAAAGUCGUCACUGUUAAGUGCUGUGCUGGGGGAGCUGCCCCCGAGCCAGGGGCUGGUCAGCGUGCACGGGAGGAUUGCGUAUGUUUCUCAGCAGCCCUGGGUGUUUUCAGGAACUGUGCGGAGUAAUAUUUUAUUUGGGAAGAAAUAUGAAGAAGAACGAUAUGAAGAAGUAAUAAAAUCUUGUGCUUUGGAGGAGGAUUUGCAGCUUUUGAAGGAUGGAGAUCUAACUGUGAUAGGAGAUGGAGGAACCACACUGAGUGCAGGGCAGAAAGCCCGGGUCAGCCUUGCAAGAGCCGUGUAUCAGGAUGCAGACAUCUACCUCCUGGAUGAUCCGCUCAGCGCAGUAGAUGCAGGAGUCAGCAGGCACUUGUUCAAACAGUGUAUUUGCCAAGCCUUGAAGGAGAAGAUCACAAUCUUAGUGACUCAUCAGUUGCAGUUCCUAAAGGAUGCAAGUCAGAUUCUGAUAUUGGAAGAUGGUAAGAUGGUGCAAAAGGGGACUUAUGGUGAGUUUCUGAAAUCCUGGGUAGAUUGUGAUUCCCUUUUAAAGAAGGAGAAUGAGGAGGCUGAAACAUCUCCAGUUCCAGGAACUUCCACUCUGAGGAAUCAGACCUCCUUAGAGUCUUCAGUUCCAUCUCAACAGUAUUCCACACCCUCAUUGAAAGAUCCAGUUCAAGAGGACCAAGAUACUGAGAAUACACAGUUCACACUCUCCCUGGAGGACCGUUUGGGUGGAAACGUUGGUUUUAAGACCUACAAGACCUACUUCACAGCCAGUGCUCACCAGUUUAUCAUCAUUUUCCUUAUUCUAGUAAACAUCGCAGCUCAGGUUGCCUACAUCUUUCAGGAUUGGUGGCUUUCAUCCUGGGCAAAUGAACAGAGUAUCCUGUAUGUCAUGGUGUAUGGAAAAGAAAACGUAAUUGCAACGCUUGAUGCUGUCUGGUACUUUACAGUUUAUUCAGUUCUAACUGUAGGUACUGUCCUUUCCGGCCUCACAAGAUCUUUGUUGAUACUCUACGUCCUUGUUAAUUCUUCACAAACUUUGCACAACGAAAUGGUGGAGUCCAUUUUGAGAGCUCCAGUAUUUUUCUUCGAUAGAAAUCCAAUAGGAAGAAUUUUAAAUCGUUUCUCCAAAGAUAUUGGGCAUAUGGAUGACCUGCUGCCCCUGACAUUUCAAGAUUUCACCCAGACAUUUCUGCUUGUGAUCGGUGUGGUGGGCGUGAUGGUGGCGGUGAUUCCUUGGAUUGCAAUACCUGUGGUUCCCCUUGGCAUCAUUUUAUUUUUUCUUCGGCGAUAUUUCUUAGAGACGUCACGAGAUGUCAAACGCCUGGAAUGUGCAACACAGAGCCCAGUAUUUUCCCACUUAGCAUCUUCUCUCAGGGGACUCUGGACCAUCCGGGCGUACAAAGCUGAACAGAGGUUUCAGGAACUGUUCGACACACACCAGGAUUUGCAUUCAGAGGCUUGGUUCUUGCUUUUGAUGACGUCCCGAUGGCUCGCCGUGCGUCUGGAUGCCAUCUGUGCCAUCUUUGUCACUGUUGUUACCUUUGUGUCCCUGAUUUUGGCAGAAACUUUGAAUCCUGGACAGGUUGGCCUGGUGCUGUCUCUCGCCCUCACACUCAGGGGGAUGUUCCAGUGGUGCGCCAGGCAAAGCAUCGAAGUUGAAAAUAUGAUGAUUUCAGUAGAAAGAGUGAUUGAAUAUACAAACCUUGAGAAAGAACCAUCCUGGAAAUACAAGUGUCGUCCACCACCGUCCUGGCCCCAUGAAGGAAGGAUUUCCUUUGACAAAGUGAACUUUACGUACAGCUUAGAUGGACCUCUGGUAUUGAACGACCUGAAAGAGCGCGUUAAACCAAGAGAAAAGUUUGGCAUUGUGGGAAGAACAGGAGCUGGAAAAAGUUCCCUCAUCGCUGCCCUUUUUAGAUUGUCAGACCCCGAAGGUGACAUUUGGAUUGAUGGCAUCAGGACAACCGACAUUGCACUUCACGAUUUAAGGAAGAAGUUGUCAGUUGCACCUCAGGAACCUGUUUUAUUCACUGGAACAAUGAGGAAAAAUCUGGAUCCCUUUAAUGAGCAUACGGAUGAGGAACUAUGGAAUGCCUUAGAAGAGGUACAACUUAAAAAAGCCAUUGAAGAUCUUCCUGGUAAAAUGGAUACUGAAUUAGCAGAAUCAGGAUUGAACUUGAGUGUUGGACAGAGACAGUUGGUGUGCUUUGCUAGGGCUACUCUCAGGAAGAAUCAGAUAUUGAUUAUUGACAAAGCCACAUCAAAUGUGGACCCAAGAACGGAUAAGUUAAUACAAAAGAGAAUUCUUGAGACAUUUGCCCAGUGCACGGUGAUAACCAUCACACACAGGUUGGGCACCAUUAUUAACAGCAACUGGAUAAUGGUUUUGGAUUCAGGAAGACAGAAGGAACAUGGUCGGCCAUAUGUUUUGCUGAAAAACAGAAGCAGCCUGUUUUACAAGAUGAUGAAGCGACUGGGCAAGCUAGGCUGGGCUGCUGAGCUCACUGAAAAAGCACAACAGGUGGGGCCAGAGCUUUCCAUAUUUGAAUGUGCCUACGGGUCACCUGGGGAGAUUGUGAAUAUGCAGAUUGGGACUCAGGAGGUCCAGGUGGGGCCCAGGGUCUGCAUGGCUAGGAAGCUCCCAGGGGCUGCCCCCCUGCUGGUGCAGGGACCACACGGGGCAGGGGCUGUAGGAGAGCAGCCUCUGUCUGCACAGGCACCGUUGUGA